AUGAGUAUUUCUGACAAAGAAACUGCUCGUCAUCCGAUUCUACCAGAAACAGUAGCUACAAAAACUCCUAAAAUUGAACUUACAAAGGAGCAGCUUUUUCAAUUGCAAUUGCAGCAGAAACAAGCCGCUUUAAAAGAAAAUGGAAAAGUGAUCAGUAAGCGUUUGUUCAUUGGUGGUCUCCCUCUGGAUGUGUCCUCGGAAGAUUUGACUGCCCGAUUCUCUUCGUUUGGUACAGUCUCUCAGGUGGAUAUAAGAUCAAAACCUGAUCAACAUCAAUCUUAUUUCGCAUUCUUGUCGCUACGAACUACAGUGGGGUCGCUAAAGAAAUGCAUUUCAAUCUAUCAUGGUACAAAAUGGAAGGGUCAUGCGCUUCGAAUUGAAGAGUCCAAGCAAGAUUACUUGUCUCGGAUCACCAGAUCCAUCGUAAUCCAGUUCAAGUGA